GGAAGUUGUUGUUUGCUUUGCGCUAACGUGAGCUCUGUACAGGGAUGUGAGGCGGCCGGUGGGAAAAAAACGGCUGAGACUCAGUGUUAACGGGAGUAAAAGUAGUUUGUCCAGUAUGAGCUCAUUGUCAGCUGGGGACAGUCUAGAGCCUGGGAUUCCCUUUGAUAAUCAAGCAAAGGAAGACAUUGGUGCUCUUAGCUGCACGGGAGACUACAGCAGACAAGAGUCUGCGAUUUGCCUAGGGAAUGGAGAAGUGAAAAGCUGUGCUGUGGUCAAGUACUCUGCAGCACCACCUCCGACCACCUAUGCCCUCCUGCAGGAGAAAACAGACCUGAAGCUGCCACCGGCCAACUGGCUGAGGGAGAAUCCCCAGCUGGGCACUGCUGGCACCACUGUGCUAGGCUCCAGUAGCAAGUGCAAACCUUUUUCCAGUUUUGGGAUGGCCUAUGACUUCAUCGAUUGCAUCGGAGAUGAUGUUGACGUGGUGUCAGACUCUGAGAACAUCAAGAAGCUUUUGAAAAUUCCCUACAGCAAGUCUCAUGUCAGUAUGGCUGUUCACCGUGUUGGAAGGACAUUGCUUUUGGAUGAACUGGACAUUCAGGAGCUCUUAAGGAGAUCCUCUCAGACAGGAGAUUGGACAUGGCUCAAAGAGAUUUAUCAGCGGCUAAUAGAUCAAAAAUGGCAGAGAAAAAAGAAGAGCAAAGAGCACUGGUAUCAGAAAGCCAUUCUAUCAAAGUUCCUGUACUACAGUAUAAAUGGUGAUGGGGCUGCAGAGCCUGUAUCAGAUGACAUGAAUCAAAGCGAUGAGGAGGAUGGAGCAGAAGAGUUCAGCUCUUCAUGGCCUGCCACUUUCACCAGCACAAUGGCAGAUGCAGAAGAAUCAGAUUCUCCCAAACAGGAAAGCAUUUCUAUGGAUAGUCAGUUUGCUUUGGGUCAGGUGGCGUCUGUGCCUAAAGAGCAAAACCUCCCUACUCUCUUCAAUGAAGGAGAAAAUAGUCAGGGUUUAAGAAAUGACUUUGUGCGAAACGUCAUGUGGACAUUUGAGGACAUCCACAUGUUGGUUGGGUCCAACAUGCCGAUAUUUGGAGGUGGUCGUUAUCCUGCCGUCAGUCUGAGACUCAGGGACAGCAAUAAACCAAUCAACAUUUUGACUGGUAUUGACUACUGGCUUGACAAUCUGAUGUGCAACGUCCCAGAACUCGUCAUGUGUUUUCAUGUCAAUGGCAUUGUUCAGAAAUAUGAAAUGAUAAAAACGGAAGACAUCCCUCAUUUAGAGAACUCAACUUUCUCUUCAAGGGUAGUAAAAGACAUCGCCCAAAAUAUUCUGUCAUUUCUGAAGUCCAACUGCACAAAAGAGGGCCACACCUACUGGCUUUUUAAAGCUAGUGGAAGUGACAUUGUGAAGCUUUAUGAUCUCACCACCCUGUGUGAAGAAGCUGAAAAGGAGAACUAUCAGAAUCCCUUCACUCUCCCUGUUGCUGUGUUACUAUACAAAGUGGCCAACAACUUGAUGCUGAAGGUGAGACAAAACAGAAAACACUACGGAAAAAUCCGAACCCUGCUUCUGAACUGUGUGAAGCUUCUCGAUCAGGAGAAACAUCCGCAGAUCAUCGCCUCAGCCUACUACAUGCUGUCAGAGCUGUUCCAGCUCGAUGAGCCUCCAGAAGAAGAUGAAGGGGAGUCGCUGCGGGACGGUGGCUCAGAAGACAGCUACAGUGACGAAGACAGGGAGGUGGAAGAUGAUGAGGACGACGAUCUGACAGAAGACAGCGAUGAGAACGAAUCCUACAGUAACUGCUCCAGGCCUCAGGAUGAUUGUAAAGCAGUGGCCGUGAUUCGCUCUGUAGGAGAGCUGUCAGUCCCUGAGAAAUACAAAUCAACUCUCCAGAUCAGACCAAGUUGCUCUUUCCCCAUUUCUCAAGAUAAAGAGGAGCGUUGCAGACACGUCCUGAGCUACGUCCUAAAGGGUGUGAAGGCAGUGGACAGUAGCAUCAAGAAGGAGAGUGAUCUUCCUGCUGCUGACCCAAACAUUCCCAUUCCCCUAAAAUAUGAAGAUGGAGGUGCCAGUGGGACGUCAGAGAAAGGCAUUGCUCUUCUGCUAGAAAGAGUGGGGUUUGUGCACGUGGACCAAAAGCACUCGACACGCUCUGGGAUGAUCCCCGGGUCCUGGCAGCACCGGAUGAAGCUGCAGCUUUUUCUUAAAGCCUCAAAAGCAUACUACGUGCUGUCUGAUGCAGCCACUAACCUGCUGAAGUACGGGCGAGCUUUGCGCUAUAUCAAGUUAUCUCUGCAGUGUUACGAUGCCUAUUGUUGUAUUAGUGGAACGCUUCAUCCACAAGUGCUGCAGUUUCACAGCCAGUGCCUGUCGCUGUGUGGAGACAUUCAGCUGAUGCUGGCUCAGAACGUCACCAACAGAGCAGCUUACCUCGAGGAGUACAGCUAUCAGACCAAAGAGGACCAGGAGGUCCUGCACAGCCUACACAGAGAGAGCAGCUGUCAGGCCUUCAGCGUGGCGACAGACCUGGCCAUGGACCCUGAGUACCAGCUGUUUGUUAGCUGUAAAUGCUACGAGGCAACACAUGAACUCCUCAUCUCUGAGGCCUUGAAAGAUCAGUCCUCAGAUCAGCUGUCUCAGGUUCUCAAAAGACUGGGAAACAUCCGCAACGAGAUGGGAGUCUAUUAUAUGAACCAGGCAGCAUCUAUGCAGAGUGAGAAAGAGGUGAAAAAGGCGGUGUCCUCAGCAGAGCAGGAGCUGUGGAAGAAGAGUUUUGGCUUUUUUGAGAAAGGAUUAAAGGACUUUGAAGCGAUCGGGGACAGCACCAAUACGGCCUUACUGCUGUGUAAUACAGGCAGACUGAUGAGAAUCUGUGCUCAGGCCCACUGCACCAUGUCUGCUGAUGAGAGCAGAGGGGAGUUCUCAUCUGAAGAGGCUCUUUAUUACAACAAGGCCAUAGACUAUUACUUGCGAGCUAUGAAGGCACUGAGCAGCAGGGAGAGCCACUCAGCAGUGUGGGACAGUGUAAACUGGGAGCUGUCCACCACUUACUUCACCCUGGCUACACUGCUGCAGGACUACGCUCCACUGUCCAGGAAAGCCCAGGAGCAGAUUGAGCGAGAAGUGACAGAGGCAAUGAUGAAGUCUCUUAAAUACUGCGACCUGCAGACUGAGUCAGCUCGUCAGCCGCUCUACCAGUACAGAGCUGCUACCAUCCACCACCGCUUGGCCUCAAUGUACCACAGCUGCUUUCGGAACCAGGUGGGAAAUGAACAAUUGAGGAAGCAACAUCGAAGCCUGGCAGAGCUUCACUACAGCAAAGCUGUCUCUUUGUUCCUCAGCCUCAAAGACGCACCCUGUGAGCUGCUUCGCACGUUACUGGAGAGAGUUGCUUUUGCUGAGUUUACUAUGGCAGGCCAAAGCAGCAGCGUAGCAAAGCUGAAGAGCUUAACUGGAGCACUGGAGAUUAUGACAGAAACUCGUCAUGCCUUUCAGUUGAUCCGUCAAGAAAUGCUAGAAGAGCAGGCAGAAUCAAGCGAACCACCUGCGACUGAAUCAGCUGGCUCUCCUGAUGCAGCCAGUGGCUCCACAUCUGGACUGGACCUCCAAGAGGUGAUAAAGUUAAUUGGUGUUUUUGAGCCAAGUUUCUCCUUCCUGCUGCUGCAAACCAUCAAACUGAUGACGACAACAAAACGGAAACCAAGCAAUAAGGAUGAGGAAGCAAUGAAGAACUACAAGCAUGUGUAUUCAAAGCUGCUGCGCACAGAGAAAAACACACCGCUCCUCAGCCGUGUGGAGCUCUACAUCGAGCUCCUGCAGCAGCUGACCCCACAAACAGGAAGUGAUGUCACAGGAACAAGCAAAACAUAAAAAUCAGUACCUGCAUACAGUCGUGUAAAGACUCAGCUUUUCGAUAAACUUCUUAAAGACUGUGUGUCAGAAAACAACAUCCUAAUAUCAGAAAUUAACAAGCACAAACUUUGAAGACAAAGUUACUAAGAACUUUUUUCCCUCAAAUCACCUCCUGCGCCUUUUAAAACAAGUUAAGCAUCUUCAUCACAAGCUUUGAAUUGUAUAUUUUUGUAUAAAGUGGUCAUGUAGAUUAAUUAUUUUAUUUGUUCUUAUGUUGAUUUUAGUUAAAAUGUGAAGUUCCUGUGGAAACGAAUAGAUUUUGACUGAACAAAACACCAAACUCUGGGAUUGUCUCAUUUUCUGCAGAAAUCCCCCCCCCCCCCCCCA